AUGCGAGCCACCAGUGGCGAAACCCCUCUUAGUAACCCCCAAGUCCCCACCCCCUUUCAACCACCCCCCCUUGACCUCACUCCCCCGUUCAGCCGCCCCGUAGAACCUCACCCCGGCCCCCCUUUCUUCCUCCACACCCCUGCCCCACCCACGGUAGUCCCUGCAGCGGGGUCUCUGCUGGCGGGGUCUCUGCUGGCGGGGGCUCUGCUGGCGGGGUCUCUGCUGGCGGGGGCUCUACUGGCGGGAGUCUCUUCUGGCGGGGGUCUCUGCUGGCGGGGGUAUCUGCUGGCGGGGGUCUCUGCUGGUGUGGCGGGGUCUCUGCUGGCGGGGGUCUCUGCUGGCGGGGGCUCUGCUGGCGGGGUCUCUGCUGGCGGGGGUCUCUGCUGGCGGGGUCUCUGCUGGCGAGGGUCUCUGCUGGCGGGGGCUCUGCUGGCGGGGGUAUCUGCUGGAGGGGGUCUCUGCUGGCGUGGCGGGGUCUCUGCUGGCGGGGUUUCUGCUGGCGGGGGUCUCUGCUGGCCGGGGUCUCUGCUGGCGGGGGUCUCUACUGGCGGGGGUCUCUGCUGGCGGGGUCUCUGCUGGCGGGGGCUCUACUGGCGGUGUCGCUGGCGUUUGCUCCGCCGCCACUCCCUUCCUCUCCUCCCUCUGCCCCCCAAAGCGACCGCCGCUGCACCUGCGAACAGUCGCGACGGGGGGGGGGGGGGGGGAGACGGGCAUGGGGCGGGCGAGUAG